GAGUGGACUUAAAUUUUAACAGCAUUCUUCUCUACUGUGUUGCCUACCGUUGACCCGAAGCCCAGUCGACGCUUUCAGACAAUCAAACAUGUUCUCUUUCAUUCAAAACCCCCAAUCUUCCUCAACGGUUAAUGGCUCCUCCUCUUUCUUUCUCAUCAACCAAAUCCAAGAAAUACCUUUUUACUUAUGGAUCCUCCACUUCAAGCUUUUCUAGCUGCUGCAUCCAGCUUCGUUGCAGUCAUAUUGAUCUUCGCCACGCUCUAUGUUUUCUGCAGAGACCCCAACAAAAGUCGUCGUAUUGAACAGACUAGAAAUCAUCUCCCCCGGAACACCCGAGCGAUAGCUAGUAGUACCAAUAAUCCAGAGCUUUCUGCAAUCACCAUUACUGAAAGUGCAACAUUUGACCAAUCUUUAAACCAGAUCUCCAUGAAGGAACUCGCUGAAGCAACUCGAGAUUUCUCUCCAGAACUCAUCAUCGGUGACGGCAGUUUUGGGAUGGUGUACAAGGCCAAACUAAGCUCCGGCAUAGUCGUUGCUGUUAAGAAGCUCUCCCCUGAUGCUUUUCAAGGUUUUAGGGAGUUUCGUGCUGAGAUGGAAACUUUGGGUAAGAUCCAACACCCCAAUAUAGUUAAAAUGCUUGGGUAUUGCUCAACUGAUUGUGAUCGUGUACUUAUGUACGAGUUUAUUGAAAAAGGCAGCCUUGAUCAGUGGCUUUACGACACGUCAUCCACCUCUGAUAUGUCGGAAUCAAUGCCUUGGAUGCCAUUAGAUUGGGCAACCAGGAUUAAAAUUGUUAAAGGUGUAGCUGAGGGACUUGCUUAUAUGCAUAAUUUGGAUACUCCAAUUAUUCAUAGGGAUAUUAAAGCGAGUAAUAUCUUGUUAAAUGCGAAUUUCGAAGCUUAUAUUGCGGAUUUUGGAUUAGCGAGGAGAAUUCAAGGGUCACAUUUACAUGUCUCCACACAAGUAGCGGGUACAAUGGGGUAUAUGCCACCCGAGUACAUUGAUGGUGCACCAAUGGCGAAAACUAAUGGAGAUGUUUAUAGCUUUGGUGUGUUAAUGUUUGAGAUUGUCACCGCGAGGCGCCCUAAUUUUCCGUUUACUGGAGAAGAUGGUCGUGAAAUAAGGCUUGUCAAUUGGAUUAGUGGUAUGGUAGAGCAAGAAAGGUAUAUGGAAAUGGUUGAUGUUAAUCUUUCAAGGGAUGGCUUGAAAGAGAGUGAAAUUGUUGAGUAUUUUAGGAUCGCCAUGAUGUGUGCUAAUGAAAAUUGUCACGCUAGGCCUCCCAUGAAAGAAGUCGUUAAGAUUCUGGACGAAAUUUUAACAAUUUAAAGGGUCGACAUUCAUUUCUUUGUAAGUAUUCAUAGAUGAAUUCUAUCAAGAAAAGAGCGUUGUGUCUGUAAUUUGAAGACGCCUUUUGGUUGUUCAUCUCUAAUGUAUCAAAUUCUAUAUAUUUUAGUAUAAGGUAAUAUGAGUUAUUUUAAA